AUGGCAGGGCAGCUGAGGAGCUCUCCUGCCGCCGUGGCCGGGCCGCCUCCGCCUGCUCUGGACGAUGGGGCCGGGGGAGGCGGCGGCGAGGAGGGCGGGGAUGGGGACGCAGUGGAGAAGGCGAGGGCGCUGAUCUGCGCCCUCAAUCUCGUCUCUAGGAACCUCCCCCUUUCUCCGGAGCUUUUCAACGCGGUCUCGUCCAUACACCGCCGGGACGAGGGUGGUGAGGAUGCCGGGGACGAAGACAGCGUGAGUGCUUUUUCUCUGUCCCCAUUUUUUUUUGGUUUUAUUUCUCUUCCCAGUCGAGCUUUGUUUGCUCACUGAAAUGGUCCGGCUUUUGUUUUCCUUUCCUUGCUACUUUCGUGUAUCCUAUCCCCAGUUGAUGCGGAUUCAUUUGAUUUAAUGAUGUUGUCCCACUGGCUCUAUUUUUACCUCACGUUUUUGCGCGCUCAUAAUCAAUUCAGAGGCGCGGGGCAAUACAUUUCGAUUUCGUUCUCCCAUUGAGAUUGCAACCCUAUUUUCGUGCUCAUGUUUUGAGCCAUAUGGAAAAACGGAAUCCGCAUCAUGUUUCAGCUUAUUUUCACGUGCGUGCAUGUUUACACUAGAUUGGAUUUUCGGGUUUCCCUCAUUUGGGUAAAAUUUGCUCCAAAAGAAACAAAGAUACCCAAAAUUUUAAUGAUGGAGCUUAUUUGUGAUCAUAUCUUAUUUGUCACGUUUUUAUCUGCAUUGAAAUUGCCAUAUUUUUUACUUUGCAGAGACAGAAAGCUUCCAUAAAGGGACAUUUAAUUAUGGAACUUGAAGAUGCAUUGAUAAUGCAGAGACCUGAUUGCAUGACUGCCUUGUCUUUGAGAGAGUUGAAGGAAACCCGCCUUCAAAGUCAUAUUCAACACCGUUUGAAACAGCUUGAAGGUUGUUAAUAUUUUUUUGUUAAUGAAUUUACUUUAUUUUCAGUUAGUUUUUUUUCACUCAUACCAUCAUCUUGUAGGUAGAUCAUUGGUAAGAGUUAUAAUGACGUUCAAUUUUUUACAUCAGCUCUGGAGAUCUAAACAUAACAGUUCAAUUCCUUCUUUUUUUUUUCUUGUACAUAGGGACUGUUCUGAGAUCAUCCUGUUGAAAACCAUAUGCAAACUCUAGGAGGAUUUACGGUGGAAAAAAAAAUCUCUGCAUAUUAUUCACAUCGUAGAUGACUGCUAGUUAUAUACAAAUACACAGGCCACAAAAUAAUGAAACAACCUAACAAAAUAGGGAACUGACCAGCUUAGAACCGAACUCCUAAAUGUACUUUCUUUCCCACACAUCCUGAGGUUACACAUGUCCAUCCACUUUUUCGUGAGUUUUAUUGAAUGUAAGGUAAUACCCAGAUUUUAAAAAUAGGAAAAAACCUGCUUAAUUUUUUAUCUUGGAUGGUUGAAUACAAAUUUUCCACCUGUAGAAUGAUUUUAACACCGUUGAUGGUAUUCUGGCAGUUCACCCUGACGAUUGUAGAAUUAAAUAAGGUGUUCAGUUUGAUUGGGUUAAAUGGUGCCUUUUCUGUUCUAUCCAGUCCAGUCCAGUCCAGUGUGAAAACCUGAUUCAUUCUGCACUCAUCCUGUGGAGUUUUUAAAAACUACCAUUUAGUUGUCCAAAUCAGUCGUCAAAGGGUGUAUGCAUCAGCGUUUGUGGUUUAUGCAAUAAAGCAUUUGCAAAAGGAUUCUGUCUAUUCGUGUCGUUGUGGUUGAACAAUUGUGCCUUAGUUUAUUUUUUCCCCGUUUAGUUGUUCCCAACUAAGAGAUAUCCAAAAAGUAUUAUUUUUAGAAAUAUUUGUGUAUGUUGACCAUUUCAGCAAGCAAUUCUUAUCUUACAAGUCAUAAUCUCGACAUUUCAUGUAAUGAUUUUCCCUACUAAUUUUCUCUCAUGGAUGCUUAUAUGAAUCAUGGCUUGAUAUCUAAUAAUUAUUGCUGUCCUAUCCGUCUGUGGAAUUUUAUUUUGUGAUAGCUUUUCUCAUGUUUUGAUUGAUAUUUUUGGUUAAAUUAGGCACUGUAAUAUCAAAUAUCUUGCUUAAUGCCGGUUUCUCCUGUUAAUUUUUUUUUUCUUCCCCUUGCAUGUGGGUACAGUCACUUGCAUGCAUAGUAUUUCCCAUUUUAUUGUCAUACUUACAUUCCUAAGGUUACACAGGGUUACCUUCAAACUGGGGUGAGGACCUGCAGAUGAAGUGUCUACUAGAGCUUUAUGGGCUCAAGGUAAUUUUGUUGACAACUUCACUUACUAAAUACUGUUGUUUUUGAAAAAAAAUUAGUGUCUUGUGUUUUAUAGUGAUGAUAUUCAGACUUCAUCCGUACAGUUACCCUAUUGGUGUGUUUGUUUAAUAGAUUGAAGAUAUCUUUUGUCUUUUAAGAAAGCAUGCAUGUGACUUGUAUAGUUCAUAUUGUGUCAUGAUAAGGAGAAUAACAGUUGUGGGAAUGCUAUUUGGCUCAGAGAGGGAUGAGCUUUUGCACAUGACCCCACAGUGAAAGUUGUGUAUGUGAUGGGUGCGCUGUACAGCCUAUGCAUAAAUAUCAAAUUCUUAUCGUCACGUACCAUAGACUUGUGAAUUAAUUUUAUUUCGGAAACAAAAAUGUCGUUGAUAGCUUCCUGGUUCUUCCUUAUCAGGUAGGUUGUUUAUUUGGGAGAAAAAGGUACCGACUAGGAAUAAGAAUGGUCGGGUCUCUUCCAUCCUGUUUGGUGCUGGUUUAUCUUCUGGAAAGGUUCUCUCUGGGAUUUUGCUCUUGCAAAGGGUAGGAAACUAAUCUAGAUUAGAGGGGACGUUCCCUGUGGGUUAGGUCUCUUUGGGCUGGUUUUUUUUUUCCUGAUGUAAGCUGAUGGGGUAUGUUUGAGCCUCUGGCCUGCUACCUAAUACCGAAAAGGGAGGGAAUCAAGUAUGCAACGUGUGAAAGAUGCGCUCCAGAUGUAGAUGAUCUAAGACUCAAGGGCCAAAAUUAUAAAGCGAUAACAUAAUGUCUUGGAUCAAUCAACCUACUUUGUUCGGAAAUCAAUAAUCAAAGGAGAAUAUGGAUCUUCAUAAUUAAGGUGUUUGGACGAAAGCAUGAUUAAAUUUGCAUAUGUUGUCUGGGUUAAGAGAUCCAUAAUUUAAAAGGUGGACGUCUUUCAGUUGCAUGUUUGGAAUCCAAUGAGGCAAGUAGGACGAGCUGGAUUAAGAAUCCAAUGACGAUUGGCUUUGUCUAUUGGACGAAAAUAAGCACCUGAAGCAUGUCCAUACGACCUGAGUUACAUUUACAUAAGGCAUUAAUGUUUCCAGGAUACCCAUUUCCAUGUCUCACUCAUCAUCAAUCUGGUCAGAUUCUUCUAAGGUGGCACCAAACACUGAAUCCCAUCACAUUGUUACUCUUUGGAUUAUUUAUUCAUGGCCACGCUUAUCAUACGGUUGGUACCUCUAGUUUCUAGUCCUUACCGAUGUUCAUGUCUGAUAACUCGACGAAUGAACAUUGCUGAUGUCUCAUUAUCUAUAUUAGCUAGAAAAGGUGUCAUUAAGCCCAGUUAUUGCGAUUAUUUUUUCAUGUUCUAAAUCCUUUCAUCAGCUUAACUACCAGUUAAUAAAAUAAUUUAUAAGUUUCAAACUUUAUAACUUUUUUCUCUAUCAUCAUUAUACUUUUCAAGACACGAAGAGAAGACUAAUAGUUGUGAAUGUCUGUGAAGUAGAGGGCGCCUAUGAUCUUGAGCCUUGUAGGUCUUUAAUCCUGCACUUUUCUUGACAUGAAGAGACACGAGUAGUAGAAAAUGGGUGUGAAUUGGUGGUGUCUGUCGCCAUCAUUCUAGAGGAACUGUAAUUUCUUAAGCCUGUGAUAAAACUGACUUUUCUAUUAUAAUUGUAUUUUCCAAGAAUUCGAUUUGUUGAUUUAUUUUUAUUUUUUUGCGAUCUCUAGCAAGUUGACAAACUUAGCGUUAAAGAUAAUCAAACUCAACCUUUAUGGAAUAAAGAAUGAAACUCUCGGAACUAGAAGACAAGUGCCUUAGAAAAAAUAUGCUGAUUAACACCACUGCACGAAGAAUUGGCUGAUUCAUUUCAGAUUAGGAUUGAGAGCUCUCAAUUACAAUAACAUAUAUAUAUAUACACACACACACACACAUAUAUAUAGAUAGAUAGAUAGAUAGAUAGAUAGAUAGAUAGAUAGGAAGUGGGCUGGUUUCUGUACCCUAAUCCUUCCUUAGUUACAACUGCUGCUGCUGCCUUAAAACUGCCAUUGUUAUCUAGGACCUAGCAGCGGUCUGGAAGUAUCAGACUGCUUUUGCAGCUGGAAUAACCUAACAGAGAGUAGAGAGGAGCCAUCAGUCCUCUUGGACUUGACUGAUUUAUAUCAUGCUUGACUGAUCGAGGAUUACAAUCCUAUUCCACCAACCACGACUAGGUGUGUGCCUCAAAUUACGUCUACAUAAAGGUCAUUGUAAUAAAUAUUUUAAAGGUCAUUUCUUAUCAUACUGAGAUAUUCUCGAAUCAGCACUAGUACCUUUUUCCCUGUAUGAUGUUAGUCUCUCCUAUUCUUCUUUACUCAAGGUCCCCGUUAGGUAAACAAGCAUGUCUGCGCUGGUUCAAACCUUCGUGCAUUUUAUUUUCGGUCCUUGCUGCUGACCAUCUGAGUUUGCAGAAGACAUAUUAAUUUUUUCUUAUUUUUCGCAGCUGGCAGAAUUGCAAAAGAAAGUGCGAUCUGAUGUAUCUUCCGAACAUUGGUUGUUUGAGAAGUGUAGAAAUCCUGAAAGCCAGUUAUUUGACUGGGGGAUGAUGAGAUUGAGACAUCCCUUUAUUUUGUAUGGCGUUGGAGAUUCAUUUGCCAUGGAAGCAGAUGAUCGUCAGCGGAAGAAGCGUGAUGCAGAGGUACUUUCGAGAGUAAAGCGUGUUCCUGACACUGUUUGCGUUCAGAGUCUAUUCAUAUUAGUUUGUGACAACAUUUCUCUAAUUAAAAAGUGCUUUUUUGUGGUUCUGUUUUUGCUGCAGCGAUUGUCGAGAUUUGAGGAAGAAGAGAAAAACCUUAUUGAGACCAGAAAAAGGAAAUUCUUUGCAGAAAUACUUAAUGCUGCUCGUGAGUUUCAGUUGCAAGUUCAAGCUAUUCAAAAGCGAAGAAAACAGAAGAAUGAUGGAGUACAGGUUUGCUUUUGUGGUUCCGUCUUGCUACUCCAUAUGCUAACAUUUUUUCAGUUGUUUUGUUUUAAUUACAACGAAAGGUGUCAUAUGGUCACUACGUAAUCACCUCCCAAUUGAUGAUAGCUUCUAACUAAUAAAUGUCACUCUAAGAAGUAAUCUGAUUCACUUUCAAAUUUAUCAUAGUUUAGACAGGUAAUUUCCGCGUUUUUGUUUUAGAGUUGAUAUGUUACUUUCCUUGCUGCAAUCUUUGAAAGCAGCUUGUUGGGAUGAAUGCAAAUUUGUUAACCUGUGUAUUUACUGUAAGUCCCUCUAGAUGAUAGAAGGCUUAGCGUUUCCGUUGCUAUGACCGUAGUUUCCAAGGUGUUGCUUUGGUGUCACCACGGUGACAACGUGAUGCAGGAAGAAUAAACUGUUUUGUUUGUCUUUUUCAGUGUAUGACGAAAUGAUGCUUGCCUUUGUCACUAUUGUGUUGUGCUUGGCUUUUUUGUCCCCUUGAGCACUUUAUUGGGAACCCUAUUGAUAAAACUAAAGUGACUUAUUAUCAUAUGUUGUUGGUGACCGAAAAUUAAAGAAAAAAGCAAUGAGGCAUUGCUAAACGUCAUGGAAAAAGGUUAUUGGAUGUUUGGUAAAUGAUGCAGGUAAAUUUCAUAUUUGGGUUCAACCACAUAAUUUGAUCAAUUCGAGUAAUCAGCCUUCUUGCUGUUUAGGAGCUUAUUAUUUAACAAAAAAUGAGGCUAAUGAGUGUGCCAAUAAAUUGGUGCUGCAACAUUUUUCAUGUACGAGUGAAAGCGUCUGCUUUGGUAAAUCAUUGCGUACUACGAUCUAAAACUAGCUGUAAUGGUGAUAAAGUACUUUAUACUUUAUUUUAUUUGUUAAUUUGUGGGAAUUGUUUAUGAAUGCCAAGAUUGGGAUGAAACGAAAUGGGAUGGAUACUUUUGUAGUAUCAUAUGUCCUCCAAUAUUAAAUCGGUUGUCCACCACUCCGCCAACCUUGGCCACCUCAACAGCUAUCUAUUGUUAUCUUAUAAUUUUUUAUUCAUAGGUUUAUCUUCUUUAACAAAGGUUAGUUUUUAUCCACUAAUUAAUUUUACUGUCUCUGUGUAGGCAUGGCACGCAAGACAAAGGCAACGUGCUACACGAGCAGAAAAACUGAGGUUCCAAGCACUGAAAGCAGAUGACCAAGAAGCAUAUAUGCGAAUGGUAGAGGAGAGUAAGAAUGAGCGUUUAACUACACUUCUUGAAAAGACGAAUGAGCUUCUUGUCCGACUUGGGGCUGCUGUUCAGAGGCAAAAAGAUGCAGAACACUAUGUCACUGUGGAAACUCAGAGGGACUCUGAAUCUGAAAGUGAGGCCCCGGCAGAUUUGAGAGAUGCUGAUAUGAGUACUACAGAUUCUGCAUCCAUUCUUAGGGCAAAAGAUCUUCUUGAAGGUCAAAGGCAGUAUGACUCGGCUGUGCACUCAAUCCAAGAAAAGGUGAACAAAUGCUCGAGUUCUACCUUUCUAUUAACUAUCCAUCCCAUUGAGAUUGUACCAUGCGCUCCCCAACACUGGAUAUGUUGAUGAUACCUGAAAUGCAGUCAUGUUGUGGUUGGUUUGCAUUUAUCAACAUUCAAAAAAAGCUUUGCUGUAUCUUGUCUGUUGUCAUGCUUGACGUGUGAUGAUAAAAUCACUAAGUGCGGUGUAUGGCUUUUCUUGUUUGGUUUCAUGUAUUUCAUGCGCAUAUUUGUACAUGGUUUUAUUCUAUUAUUUUAUCCUUCAGUGAUCAGGUCUAUCUCCUGUCUAUAUUUUCUAGGUAGGAAGAAACGUUUUUUUUUCCUUUCGACUUGCUUUUAUAAUAGAUAUAGUUGAAUCUGACUUCUUUGCUUCACAGGUGACGGAGCAACCGUCUAUGCUUCAGGGCGGAGAACUAAGGCCAUACCAAUUGGAGGGGCUUCAGUGGAUGCUUUCUUUGUUCAACAACAACUUAAAUGGUAUCCUGGCUGAUGAAAUGGGCUUAGGAAAAACAAUUCAAACGAUUGCAUUGAUUGCCUACUUGAUGGAGAAUAAAGGUGUUAGUGGACCCCACUUGAUUGUAGCUCCUAAGGCGGUGUUGCCAAAUUGGGCCAAUGAAUUCGCAACUUGGGCACCUAGGUAUAUGCCAAAUUGAGUUUCAUGUGCAUAUAAAAACAUUGACUUGUGUAAUCAUAAUCCUAUACAUGCAUCUCACUCUGGGUGUCACUUGAUCCAGUAUUAUUGCCGUUCUAUACGAUGGGCGAUUAGAUGAAAGGAAAUUGCUGAGGGAGGAGUACUCUGGAGAAGGCAAAUUCAACGUUAUGAUUACUCACUAUGAUCUGAUAAUGCGUGACAAGGCAUUUCUGAAGAAGAUACCUUGGUUUUAUGUGAUAGUUGAUGAAGGCCAUAGAUUGAAAAAUCACGAGUGUGCUCUUGCCCGGACUCUGGUAUCAGGGUAUGUCCUAUGCAGUUCUUUCGUUGUCUUUCGUUUAACAAAUUUAGAUUUUAUUUGUGACGUGACCAUCUAUACAAAAAAAAUCAUUAAAUUCCCUAUCAAGGACCAAAGAGAUAAUUAUGUUCACCUGAUUUAUAGGAGAGGCUUCUGUUAAAUCAUAUCUACAUUAUUGCGUUUGCAAUGUGGAUAUGCCGCAUUAAGCAUCUGUAUAAUUCUGUUUCAGUUAACAUAAGCCUGUAGAUUAUGACUUAUCCGAAGAAAUUAGGUUGGAUACCAUGAAAAUGCCUAUUGAUUUGAUGACUAAAAAACUGGCUAUCACACGAAGGGUUGCAUGGUUUAAAAAUGGUACAAGGGUUGCAUUAAAUAAAAAGGGUAAUCCCAACAACAGCUUUUUGUUGGUAAACAAAGGUUUACCUGGAUGAAUUACAAGCAAUCGUACAUUAGUUUGACCAAAAAUCUCGGUUAUGCGUUCUGGAUUAUGAUCUGAUCUGAAGGAUCUAAUGCUCUGCAGAUAUCGAAUUCGACGUAGACUUUUGUUGACUGGUACACCGAUACAGAACAGUCUCCAAGAGCUAUGGUCAUUGCUCAAUUUUCUUCUUCCUAGUAUAUUCAAUUCAGUUCAGAACUUUGAGGAGUGGUUUAAUGCACCAUUUGCGGAUCGAUGUGAAGUAUCUCUAUCUGACGAAGAGGAGCUUCUGAUUAUUCGUCGACUGCAUCAAGUAAUUUGUCGGAGCUCUUUUUAAUAUGGUCUUUAGUCUAUGAUUAUUUAGCAAUUACUUUCCCUCCUGAGUUGUGGGAAAAAUGUUCAUACUGAAUCUGCAGGUAAUAAGGCCUUUUUUAUUGAGAAGGAAGAAGGAUGAGGUGGAGAAGUAUCUUCCUGGAAAAACACAAGUAAUACUGAAGUGUGAUCUGUCUGCAUGGCAGAAGGCAUACUAUCAGCAAGUUACGGGUGUGGGAAGAGUUGGACUGCAUUCUGGUACUUUACAUAUUUUUUUAUAUAAUUUAUUUAUCAUGCUUUCUUGUCUUAUUUUGUUUCAUUCUGUGCGAAGCUACACUUCAAGCAAAUUUUAAUGUGCAGAAGGUCUAUCAUGAUUUUUUAAAGUGUGGCAUGCUAGUUCUAUGCUUUUUUUUGGAUUUUUUUUAAUAAAUCGAGUUGCUUAAGAUUAUCACGAUUUUUGUGCCGCGUUAAAUAGGUUUUCUGGUUGGAAAAUUCUUGUUUUUUUAAUUAUUUCGUGCUAAUUUCUUUGAAAUCCUAAAAAGUGGCUCCUUGGGAUGUAAAGCUGGCUGUCAGAUUUUUGAAUAGCCUGAUCAAUCCUUCUUUUUAUACGGAGUGGGGGGAUAAGUCACUUCUUCUGGUAUUGAACCCCACUCCAACUGCUCAUCCGCCCCUGACGAGAAACCGUCAACAAGAGAAAUACUAAUCAUUCAUCUGCUACCCUCUCGAUCCACUCCACUUUGAGUCACUCCUAGUUCUUGGUGUUGGAACCAUGUGAAUGCUGCUUAUUUGGUAGAAACGUAUAGAGGGAAAAAGAGGUGCGAGGAAGGAGAAUAAAGAAAAAAAGAUCAGCUUUGGUCAGAAUCAGCUGGCAGCGAUGGUAGCUGUAGGUGACGAUGUCCUCAAUUCGUGCAGUCAUGGCUGAGGGGGGAAGAUUUGCAGUAAGCAAGAUCUAGUUAUCAAUAAAAAAAUAAGAAUGCAAGGAAAAGCUUUAACAAUGCCUCAGACUCUCCUUGUUACAAUUCUUGGAAAUGUCCACUAUUAGCUAACGUUCGAUUUGCUUAUAUAUAUGUGGGUACAUCUUGUCAUUCAGUUCGUCUGCGGUGAUGUUUGAGCUAUUGUCAUGUACCGUGAAAAGCUUAUUGAUGUUUGCUGAAGUGUGCAUGUUCCUAAAUAUGCAGGAACGGGAAAGUCAAAGAGUCUCCAGAACUUGUCAAUGCAGCUCAGAAAGUGUUGCAAUCAUCCAUAUCUGUUUGUCGGAGAAUACAACAUGUGGCGCAAGGAAGAGAUUGUCAGAGCAUCUGGAAAAUUUGAGCUUCUCGAUCGCCUGCUCCCCAAGCUGCAGAGAUCUGGUCACAGGGUUCUCUUGUUCUCACAGAUGACUCGCCUCAUCGACAUACUCGAGAUAUACUUACAGCUGCACGAGUUCAAGUACCUCAGGUUGGAUGGAUCAACAAAGACUGAAGAAAGAGGAGUGUUGCUCAAGCAGUUCAACGCACCAGAUUCCCCCAUUUUCAUGUUUCUCUUAAGCACUCGAGCCGGGGGUCUCGGGUUGAACCUGCAGACUGCGGACACCGUGAUAAUCUUCGACAGUGACUGGAACCCUCAAAUGGAUCAGCAGGCAGAGGACCGUGCCCAUCGCAUUGGGCAGAAGAAGGAAGUCCGCGUUUUUGUGCUGGUUAGCACCGGAUCCAUCGAGGAAGAGAUCUUGGAGCGUGCAAAGCAGAAAAUGGGCAUCGAUGCCAAAGUGAUUCAGGCCGGGCUGUUCAAUACGACCUCCACAGGUUUGCUCAUCAUCUUGACCCGCCUAGUAGUUACUCCUUUUUUGUGCUCGUAAUAUUAGUAUGGAUGAAAUGGCUGAUUGUUCUGUGCAGCCCAAGAUAGAAGGGAAAUGCUGCAGGAGAUCAUGCGCAGGGGCACUAGCACUCUGGGAACCGACGUGCCGAGUGAGAGAGAGAUCAACCGCCUCGCUGCGCGGAACGAGGAAGAGUUCUGGCUGUUUGAGAAGAUGGAUGAAGAGAGGCGGCGGCGGGAGAAUUACAGAGCGAGGCUGAUGGAAGAGCAUGAGGUGCCCGAGUGGGCCUACACCACCGGCGAGAAGCACAAGGAGGUUACAGACGCCGAGACCAAGAGCAGUCAGAUCCUGGGGAAAAGGCGCCGGAAGGAGGUGGUCUAUUAUGAUACUCUCAGCGACGUUCAGUGGAUGAAAGCUGUUGAAGGCGGAGAAGACUUGCCGAAGGUUAUGGUGAGGGAGAAGCGGAGGCCACUCCCUACUGAUCCCAGCAAACCGGGCCAUUCUGAACCUGCGUUGGCGGCGGCGGUGGCGGUGUCUGCGGCGGCGGCAAAUAACUCAUCGGAGCAGAACAUGGAGAGUAACUCUCCGGCGAGCGAGGAUAGCGACGACACGUCGACCCAGUCACCGGAAAAGCUCGAGUCUGGGCAGCUCCCCAAUGAGGGUGACGGUGAGGACUCUGCCGGCACCUGGACGGGGGACAUGUUCACCUGGAGGACGCACAAGAGAAAACGAUCGACCGUCAGGCUGGGCCUCUGA